AUGUAUGCGUACAGCUGGCUGCCGCCCAGGCAGGGCGUCUGGCCGCCGCCGCAGCCGCUCACCUGCACCAACCUGGCCGCCCCUCUGCUACUGCCCCCAAUCCAGGCCCACAGCUUCCACAACCGGCCAAGGAGUCUGCACGCGGGCGAGUGGGCGGCCCCUCGGGAAUACCACCUUUUCUACUGCCCGGCCGCGCCACCCGAGGCCGCGCCGCCCUAGUGGGCCUGCCCUCCGGCCUACACGCGGCCCUGCCCCGCCGGCGGCAUCUCGGGACUGUCGCUGCAGGCGCCCGCGCCGGCGGCCGAGAGCUGGGAGCCGUGGCAUGAGGGCGGGAGCCUGCAAGCCGAGCAGCGCUGGGGACGCGUGGAACGCGCGCAGGGUCAGCCUCUACAGCUUCCGGACUUCGUGCGCCGGGAGCUGCGGCGCGCGUACGGCACCUACCCCCGCGCCGACGUGCGCGUCACCCAGCGCCGCGGCCGGUUUCUGCUGCAGGCGACGCCGCGCGUGAGCGAGCGCGACCGCUGCGCGGAGUGGCGUGUGCGGCGCCGGCCCGACAACGGCGAUAGUGGCAACAGAGGCCCAGCCCAGGAAGCCGCAGAGCGCGGCCGCCCCUGGAAGAGCAAGGGACUGAGCUGAAGGCGCCGCAAGGCCUUGCGACCGGCCCGCGUGCACGCGCGCGCGGCUCUUCCGUGUGUCUGUCCCUCCCACCAGGCAGAAAGGAGCGCUCACCUGCGCGCGGGAGGCGGGCGCGUCGCUCACCUGUCUUUUUGGCCUUUCCCAUGACUGCCUGCCCGCUUCCUGCACUUGUUUCUCUCGCCUUAUUGCUGGACUGUGGGGGAAGGGCAAGGGCAAGACGGAAUCAAGGACACCUCUGGGUGUUCUGUACCUCUUUCCCUCUUGCACCUUGGGAAGUGGAGGACGUGGGAUGGAAGAAGGGCCUGGACCUCCCUCCUUCUCCCCACCUUCUCCUAAGGAGCCUGCGCUGCAGUAAGCCCCAACUUUCCCUUCCUCUUUUCCUUCUAUCAGAGUCAAAGCCCACCCCCCUUUCCCACCGCUCCCCUACCCCCGCCCUUCUUGCCAGGCCGAGGGGCGACGGUGAUCCCCAGCUUAGUAGAAAAGUAAAUAGGCCGGGCGCGGUGGCUCACGCCUGGAAUCCCAGCACUGUGGAAGGCCGAGGUGGGCGGAUCGCUUGAGCCCAGGAGUUGGAGACCAGCCUGGGCAUCAUGGCAAAACCCUGU